AUGUCGGAAGAAUACCGCAGCUCGAUCACGUCGCGUCCGUCCUUCAACAGGACUGUCACGUCCAACACCCAGAACUACAGCACCCCUGGUAACAUUUUUCUCUGGAAAUUCUGAUAAACCUCAUGAUUCUCAGGAUCUGGAAACCGAGUUCUGAAGAUCGUGACAGAAAUGUCGUCCUCCUCGGUGGCCAGCGGCCUCUCACCUUACGGUCAGAACGCUGCUUCCACCAUUCGAGAUGCUCGUGAGCGUGAAAAAAAAGAGAUCAUGGACCUCAACGACAAACUUGCCAACUACAUCGAAAAAGUAGAGUUCCAAAUUCGGAAAUCUUGACGGGAAAUAUUUAAGGUUCGCUUCCUCGAAGCUCAAAACCGCAAACUCGGCGCGGAUUUGGAUAUGUUGAAGAACAGAUGGGGCAAAGACACCAGCAGCGUCAAGAUUAUGUACGAAUCAGAGAUCACCACGGCCAAGAACGUGAAAAAGCUCCUUUGUUGCUUGAGCCAUGAAAUUUGUUCAGGUGAUUACCCAAACAGGCAAGGAAAAGGAGGAUUUGGAGAAGGAGAUCCGUAAGCUACAAGACGAGCUGAACGAGAUGCGCAAGAAGUGAUAAAAAGAGAAAAAAUAUUUUACCUAAUUUUGCGAUCAGGUUUGAUGAAGCUACAAAAGGACGUGCCGGCGAUCGUCAGAAAAUUGAUGACCUUCUUGUCCAGCUCUCCAAUCUUGAAGCCGAGAUUGCCCUGCUCAAGAGAAGAAUCGCCCUUCUGGAGGAGGAGAUUCAGCGUUUGAAGAAAGAGAACAUGCGACUUAUGGGAGAUCUUCAGCGCGCCAGAACUGUUAGAAAACUUUUUCGAAACGUUUUUCAUCACUAUUUUCAGGACCUUGACCAGGAGACCCUCAAUCGCAUUGAUUAUCAGAACCAGGUCACAACCCUGUUGGAAGAAAUCGAUUUUAUCACUCGCACCCAUAACGAGGUUACGCCCGCAUAUCUAUCGCAACUUUGAGUAUUUCUAGGAAAUUAAAGAGCUUCAAGCACUUGCCGCUCGAGAUACUACUGGAGAAAACCGAGAGUACUUCAAGAAUGAGCUCGCUUCCGCUAUUCGUGACAUUCGUAGCGAGUACGAUCAGGUACUUUCAACCCAACCUCUUUAAAAAAAAGUGGAUUUUUCAGAUGAUGAACGGCAACCGCAACGACUUGGAGUCGUGGUACAAGCUCAAGGUGCAGGAGAUCCAGACUCAAAGCACCAGACAGAACAUGGAGCAAGGCUACCAGAAAGAGGAAGUCAAGCGUCUCCGCACACAAAUCGGUGAUCUUCGCGGAAAAUGGGCUGAUCUUGAAGGACGAGUUAGCAUCUGAGCUCUAAAGUUGUGAGAAACGCUGUUUUUUCCAGAAUGCGCUCCUCGAAAAACAAAUCCAAGAGCUUAACUUCCAAUUGGAAGACGACCAGCGUUCUUAUGAAGCCGCGCUCAACGAUCGUGAUGCUCAGAUCCGUAAGAUGAGAGAAGAAUGCCAGGCUCUGAUGGUUGAGCUGCAGAUGCUGCUCGAUACCAAGCAGGUAUCCAUCCAUACAGAUUGAUUUUGAAAAAAAAAGAAUUACAGACUUUGGAUGCUGAGAUUGCCAUCUACCGUAAAAUGCUUGAAGGAGAAGGAGAUGGUCCUGGACUCCGCCAGCUCGUCGAACAAGUCGUCCGUACGACCGGCAUCAAUGAAGUCGCCGACACGGGUGAGUCCGACUAUCAAAAUCUUAGAAGUUCCAAUACAGUUGAUCAUUUGAAACUCUAAAAGAAAAAUAUAAUUAUUCUUCUUCCUACGCCUUUGUACCGCUUCGGCGUCCAAAGUCGAUUUACCGAGGCCUUAUACUGUAUCAGGUCACUAAAAAUUCAAAAAGAGUUCUAUUCUACGAAUCCCUCUGAGGAGUUAUGCAUCGGUCUUCGCACUCGUAGUUUGCAAGAUUCAACAACCGGACUGCUGUGCCCCGCUGAGAAAGAUCUCAUUUCGAAACGAAUUUAUCUCAGAAACGAUGCGCGUCGUCAAGGGAGAAACCUCGAGCCGCACGUCGUACACGCGUUCCGCCAAGGGCAACGUCUCCAUUCAGGUGUGUCCCAAUCUAGCGGAAGAGAACUGUUCACGGCGCAUUACAUAAUCACAAUACUAUCUAAAAAAAAUUUGUGAGAAGGGACUAGUUUGAAACGGUAGGCUUCUGAAAAAAACAGAUCGAACUGGAUAGAAAAAAAAAGUUAGUGUGGGCUAUAGAUGUUUUUGAGACCUGCUAAGAUCAAAUGGGACUUAUAAAUUCAUUCUGAAAAAAGGAAGAAAAUAUUUUGCCCGAGCUAUGAAUCCUUUUCUAUCUAAGAAAUCAAUCGGUUAAGUAUCUUGAAGAUUUUUAAUUUUUUUUUUCAUGACUUCUUGCCGCGACUCCAAAGAGUCUGGCUUGCAAAAGAACUGUUAAUAAUUGAUUAUGGCUUAUCUUAAGUCAAUUUGAAGGCAACUAAAAAAGUGAAUGAACGGCUUUUGGAGCCGCUUAACUCUUUUUACUUGCUUUCUCAGCUUUUGCGAUUUUUCCAACAUAAAGCUUUUGGAUUUUUCAGGAAACUUCACCGGAGGGCAAGUUUGUCGUUCUCGAGAACACGCACCGCUCCAAGGAAGAAGCCAUCGGAGACUGGAAACUCAAGAGGAAGAUUGAUGGAAAACGCGAAAUCGUCUACACCCUACCGGCCGAUUUUGUUUUGCGGCCUGGCAAGACCGUCAAGGUCAGUGUUCGGAAAAAAAAGAGUGCAGUCGUGAUAGGUCUUGUUUUUGUUGAUCAAUUCGGAAAGAUACGCUCCCUUUCUCUUUUGAUUUUUUGGUUGGUUGAUGCUCAUUGAAGUUGAUUGUUAUCUGAGAAGUCGGUUUUGAGGGUCAAAAACGUUUUUCCGCGCUUGAAUAACGUGUGAUACUUUAUUCGAAAAAAAUUGAAAUGUUUUUUUUUACCUGAUAAUCAUUCAUCCAUACAAAAAUCUAGAAAUUUAUAUGCCCGCAAAAAAAAGGAUUACAUUUCAGAUCUUCGCCCGCGGCCAUGGCCAAAGCAACCCUCCAGAUGCUCUCAUUUUUGAAGGAGAUGACACCUUCGGAGUUGGUUCCAACGUCCAGACCAUUCUCUACAACACUUCCGGCGAGGUACUCAAAAAUGAUAGAAUCUUCCAACGAAAUCUUUUCCAGGAACGCGCCACUCACGUUCAGCGCCAGAGCCAGAGCGCUUCUUAA